AUGGCUGGUAACUUCUGGCAGAGUUCUCACUGGGAGCAGUGGAUCUUAGACAAGCAAGACAUUUUGCGGAUGCGUGGUGAAGAUAUGAAGUGUAUCACCGAAGAAGAAUAUACAAAACUUAUGAUAUUUUUUUGCAACUUUAUUCACGCCAUAGGAAUGGAUUCACAACAACAGCAUAAGACACGUAUGCAGGUGAUUGCGACAGCUUGUGUUUACUUUCGCCGCUUUUAUGCUAGACGAUCUUUAAAAGAUAUUGAUCCCUUCCUAUUAGCUCCUACUUCUCUCUUCUUGGCAUCUAAAGUUGAGGAACAUGGCAUGAUGUCUCAUAAUAAACUCAUACAAGCUACAAAUAAUGCUUUGAAGAGAUGGCCUUUUAUACAACAAGAUCUAAUGUUACGAGUGCAACAUAUCCAAGAAGCAGAAUUUUUUCUCUUAGAAAUUUUAGACUGUUGCUUGAUUGUUUAUCAUCCAUAUAGGCCACUAAAUCAACUAAUGGCUGAAAUAGGAAGGGACCACAAAGAUGUAGAAACGAUAGCGUCCUAUGCUUGGAAAAUUUGUAACGAUUGUACUAGAACAGAUCUCUCACUGAUGUAUCCUCCACAUCAGAUUGCAAUUGCAUGUAUACUGAUAGCAUCAAUUUGGACAAACCGAGACAGAGAACUAAAAAAUUGGUUUGCUGAGCUUGCAGUAGAUUUUGAAAAGGUACUGGAGAUUCAAAAAACUAUUAUCAAUUUGUAUAGUACUUGGAAAACAUUUGAUGAAAAGGAACAGCUGUUAGUAAUUCUGCAGAAAAUUCCACGUCCAAAUCCGGGUCCGCAGUCGUCGAAUGUUGCUUUGAUACAGCCUCACCCUCACAACAGCCUUCAAGUUAAUAAUAUGAAUAUGCAUAGCAUGGGACCACCACCGAUGCCUCCUGUCGGUAAUGUAAAAUUUGAAUCGCACUAA